ACCAAGGCCCCGACCGCAGCCCAGCUUACAGCCCCUUCCCCCAUGGCCACGCAAAACGCUCGCGUUCAUGGUACACAUGUCUCGAAUCGCGCUAAAGCCAAAGAGGUGCUCGAGAAAAAAGCUGUUUUAAAAAGUGUGCUUGACAAUCCACUCAAAGUCAAAUGGCCUUCCAUUCCACUCAAUUUGCAGAAUCUGAUUUUGUCCCGUCUAGUUGAUGUCCUAGAGAAGCGACCUCCCCUCCGGAACUGCGGUAAACCAGAGCGACCUGCCGAACGCAACGGAUCGUCAGCAAGCACUUUGCCUCAGCCUGACUAUCAAGUUGCAGUUCAAGACAGUCAUCCAGUUUUAGAACGCCCCGCAUCUGUAAAUGGGCGGCAGCGAAGUAUCGUCGUGGGCAUUAAUGCUGUUACUAGAGCUUUGGAAUGUCAGCUGGACACUUUGCAACAAGCUAUCGUGCUCUCCACAAAUACAAUCGAGCUGUCUAAUCAAACACCAGCACAUACAACGAUCGCCGCUGUUUUUGUUUGUCAACAGGAUGUGAACCCUCC